AUGGUGUCAGUAGGAUCCAGCAGUGAACAGACUGUCCACAUCUUCCUGAAAGAAACGAGACUAAAUGAGCAAUGCAAGUUGGCAGCCACCAGAGGCUCAGGGGUAAAAGUCUCUCACAAUUUUCAAUGGUUAGAACUCAGAAAACAUCAGAAAGUAUUAGGAGAUGGCGGUAGCUGGGGUCUAAAAACUGACCAACACAUGACACUUACAAGAUGGACAGGAGUAAUAACUGGGCCCCCAAGAGUGGACUCAAGAGCAAAAUGGCAAAAUUCAUCUAGCAUCAAAGGUGUCCUACAAGAGCUUUGGUGCCUAACGUCUAAAGAGAAUAUGAAACUUCCUCAGCUGCCUGAAGGACAGUGUUAUAUAGUAGUUAACCCCAAAGAAAAAAAACUACAGGCCCUCUCAUAUCCUCCAUGA